AUGAUGCCUCAGAGCCGCUUCAUUGCAGCGGUGGAUCCCGUGAUCGCUCGCGCGCGCGAGAUGCAGAAGAUGACUUACGAUCCGGCCAAGGAAGGUGAGGUUAAGGCCCCCAACUAUGUCGGAUGGGAUGCAGAGAUUGAUGGCGACUUCAAGAAGCUGUCUGUAGGCGCCAUCAAGGGUGGAAGGCCCUACGAGAAGAUCUGCGAUUCCGCUCUGGACCUGAUCGGCUUCACCCCGAUGGUUCGCAUGUCGCGAUUUGCCAAGUUCUUUGAUGUUGAGUGCGAACUGCUGAGCAAGGUUGAGCUCUUCAACGCAGGCGGAUCUGUGAAGGACCGCAUUGCCAAGAGAAUGGUUGAGGAGGCUGAGAAGAGCGGCCGAAUCAAGCCCGGUGACAUCCUCAUUGAGGCCACUAGCGGCAACACUGGCGUUGGGCUUUGCCUCGUCUCGGCAAUCAAAGGCUACAAGCAGAUCAUCUGCCUGCCGCAGAAGAUGUCUGGCGAGAAGGUGAACACGAUGAAGUGCCUUGGUGCGGAGAUUCUCCGCACGCCAACAGAGGCUGCCUGGGAUGCGGAGGACAGCCAUAUCUUCCUCUCGGCCCGCCUGGCCAAGGACCUGGGUGGCCACGUACUGGACCAGUACAAGAACGCGGGCAACCCGCUGGCGCACUAUGACGGCACUGCCGAGGAGAUCGCCGAGCAGUGCGAAGGCAAGCUGGACUACAUGAUCAUGUCCACCGGCACUGGCGGUACCAUGACUGGAGUGGCCAAGAAGCUCAAGGAGCUGAUCCCUGGCGUCCAGGUCGUCGGUGUGGACCCAUAUGGCAGCAUCCUUGCCGAGCCCGCCCAUGUCAACGACAAGUCUAACCGCACGGGGCAGGAGAAGUUGAGUGCCUACCAGGUGGAGGGCAUUGGCUACGACUUCAUCCCCACCGUCCUCGACAGGGAGGUCGUUGACCACUGGGUGAAGACUGACGAUGACGAAGCCUUUGCCAUGUGCCGUGCCAUCGUCCGUCACGAGGGUCUGCUGAUCGGCGGCAGCUGCGGAUCCACCGUGGCUGGAGCCUACCGCUUCAUCAAAGAGAACAAGAUCGGCAAGGACAAGCGCUGCGCUGUGCUGCUUGCCGACUCAUCCCGAAACUACAUGAGCAAGUUCAUGGAUGAUG